AUGUCUUCCGCACAACCAAGUAGUAGGAUUCUAUUAGAUGUACCUUGUCGCGUCUGUCAAGAUCAUUCGUCAGGAAAACACUACGGCAUUUUCUCGUGUGAUGGUUGUGCAGGCUUUUUUAAAAGAUCCAUACGAAGGCAUCGUCAGUAUGUUUGUAAGAACAAAGGAGGUUCUGAAGAGGGCCGGUGUAUCGUAGAUAAAACUCAUAGAAAUCAGUGUCGGGCUUGCCGUCUACUGAAAUGUCUAGAAAUAGGGAUGAACAAAGAAGCUGUUCAACAUGAGCGAGGGCCACGCAACUCCUCAAUCCGUCGUCAAUCAUUCCUUAUACAGCAACAACAACAACAACGAAUAGUUUCCCCAGAUCUCAGCUCCGACGCAGAGCCAACUUCAAACAUUCUGACUUCCGAGAGGCUGACAGAGGUUGCGGCACGGGCUUUCUUUCAUGCCAUCAAUUGGGCUAAAUGCCAGUUACCUUUCGCUUGUUUACCUCAGGAUAAGCAGGUUAUUGCUUUUCAAAAUGGCUGGCCUGCUCUAUUUGUGUUAUUGUCAACGGAGCAAAAGCUGAUCUCAUCUGUGCAGAUUAGAAACAGUAAAUGUGAAUAUAAUAAUUAUAAAAAAGAAACAAUCGCUGCUUUCGAGAAAGUUGAAAACCUCCAUUUGGAUUCACGAGAAGUUCAAUUAUUAAAACUAUAUGUUUUACUGAAAGAUACCGCAAGUGGAUUACAAAUCGGAUAUCAACUAGCUACUUUCCAACAACUGCUAUUUCGAGGAGAACCUUUCCGUUUCCUUAAAUGUAUGGAGACGUUGACAAUACCUGGAACUCCGUUGGUUGAAUUCCUAUUUAGACCAUCUAUUGGAAAUGCCUCCAUGUCAGUACUCAUUGCUGAUAUAUUAAGUCCCCUUAAAGUUAUUGAGCCGUUUCUUUCCAAAGCCCUACAGACUUCAUGUUCAUGA